CCAGUUCAUAAUUGGUUUCUUGGGACGCUGACAGUUACUGCUGGCUAAAUUUAAAUGCCAUACUUUCCCCUCGCUGCAUUCCCCAUGUCAACAGUCAAUCUUGCCCUGAAGACGGUAACACUAAGAAACACUGGAAGUCUGGAGCAGGCAAAAAAAAAAAUGAGAAAACCCCCAACAUUUUCAUGAGGUUAAAAAAAAUGACGGAAAGUUAUGUUAAAAUGGUGAAGUUUUGAAGAGUUGAACGUCAGUGUGUGGGCAAAGAGGAGCUGUGAGCUGUAGCAGGGCUGAUCAGUUAAGGAGGCGGCUGUAUACAUGUAGCUAUAAAUGGUUAGGAAGGAGGGUACUAUUAUAUCUGCUGGACUGGUCUAUAAUAGCUUACAAGAAGACAAGUGAGAGCUGGAGAGAAAUGACAGUGAGCUAAGGUAUAUAUCUGAGGAGGCAGCAUCAAUAGUGUGUGGCUCUGUGUGUGUGAGUCGGAAGACUGUAGUCUAGGCAGCCCCCAUACCUGUCCUGCUUCCUGACUCGAUCUCUCCACAGCCUACUCUCCACCAGCAUGGAGCUGCUGCGACCCCGGGACAAGGCUCUCUGGCUCAGGCUACCCCUGGCCCUCUCUCUAGUCCUCGUCAUCCUUCUAGCCACUAUCAACCCCACCUGUCUGGCCCGCGAGGCCACUGUUCAGGGAAAACAAUGCUCCUACACAGUUGUCGUGCAUGAAGUCUCCGAUUCCGCCAAAUGCCCCGCCCUUUUUCGGCCGAGGCAUCGGAGACACAAAACCUACAGCCGUCCUCGCUUACCCAAAGUCUCGGACAAGCUGGUAGCGGAUGAGGCGAGCUCUCAGGUCAAUAUCAGAGAUCUUGUUAACAAGAUGCACACCGUGGAGGUCAAACUGUUUGAUGAGAUCGUCAAGAACAGAGAGCUGAACACGACACUCACAAGGCACGAAAUCUACCUGCAAAAAGCUGAGGACCUGAUGUUGGAGUACAAAAAAAAUUUCACGAAUCUGUUCAGGACUCUGAUGUUUAUGGAACAGAAGCUACAAAGGCAGAGGGAGAUCAACCGAGACCUGGACCAUAAACUUUCCAAUGUCAUGAUCGAUGUGGCCGAAGUCAAUUACGUCCUGGAGAAGAAAGUUCCCAAUGAGAACUCUAACCUGGAGUCCAAGGAAGUGGAAGUACAGGCAGUUUCCAAGGUGCGCUCGUGUGGUGUCACUGAUGACAAGGCCAGGUUUGCAGAUUGCAAGGCCAUAUUUGAUCGUGGCCACACAAACAGCGGCGUGUACUAUGUGACCCCUACAUACGCGUCCUGCCCGAUCCCUGUAUGGUGCGACAUGGACACACCUCCUGGCGGCUGGCUGGUGGUGCAGAAGAGGUUUGAUGGAUCCGUAGACUUCAACAGGGGAUGGACUGACUACAAAAAUGGCUUUGGGAAUGUUGUAUCAGAAUACUGGCUCGGCAAUGACAAUGUGUUUUUGCUGACGAACCAGGACAAGUAUGAGCUAAGGUUUGAUCUGUGGGACUUUGAAGGCAACAGGGUCUAUGCCAAAUACAACAAUUUUAAGAUUGACGGAGAACGAGAUCAGUAUGCUGUACAUGUCAACGGAUAUGAAGGCAGUGCCGCAGACAGCUUCCAAAAGCAUGAUGGGAUGUAUUUCAGUACGUCAGACCAUGAUAAUGAUGAAUGGAAGGGGUAUCACUGCGCACGCGAGUGGGAAGGGGGAUGGUGGUACAAGAACUGCUGGUUUGCCAUUCUUAAUGGACCAUACUACAACAAAUCUGAUGUGCGCUAUCGCGGGAUCUCCUGGAAUGACUGGAAACAUGAGCAGCUAAGAAGGGUCGAAAUGAAAAUACGGCCCUCAUCUGGUGAAAGUUCUGUCCCAAAGACGAAGACGCUAAUUGCUGGUGGGACUUCAGUAAAGCCUUAAACGAGCAGGAUCUUUAAGAUCAUUUACCACACCACCCUUGUGGUCUUAGGGUGGACUAUGUUGACACAUGAAUAUCAACGAUAAUUCCAUCAAAAGCGUGAUACCUUAAAACAAUCCUGAAACAAUGAGAAAACAAUCACAGAAACAACAAAUAGGAAAACAAUCACAGAAACAAUGAGAAAAUAAAAUCCUAGAGACACAUCACUAGCAAUGCUCCUUUAAAUUCCUGCAGUGUAUUUCAGGAAAUUGGCAUAAAAAGUGUCAUCUAAAUGCACAGUGUUCUUCCAAGAAAAAACAACAUAAAUAACAUCCUAAAUAAUUGUUACAAACAUUAAAGAUCAAAGUAAAUGUCCUCUACAUUUUAACUGUCCUACUCUACUUCAAAAGUUUUGUACAAACUGUCUGCAACAUUCUAUAAAGCCAGCCACUAAGCACAACAUUUACAUAUAAUUCUUCCAGAGCUCUUCACAGCUAUGUAUUGCCAUCUUAUGAGGCUUGAUUGUCAAUGUGCAGCAAAUUAUCACCUUGUCAAAUUACAUAUCAUACCAAUAUUUAACCAUGCCUGACUGUAAGUGGAAGGAAAUAUGUGACAGCAUUUGUCCAGAAGAAAGUCCUGCAUUUAUACUGUACUUGAGAGGAGGUAUUUUAUAGUAUACGUAUAUCUGCCCAUAUACCAGCUCUUUAUUAAAAGUGCACCCCCC